AUGGCGUCAAGCUUAGCUGUGAGGAGAAGGUUUUCCAAGGAUUUGGAAGCAAACUGCCUUCAGAUCAAUUCAGAGCAGUUAACGAAAGUGCAAUUAGCAAAAGGAGCAGGCAGGAAUAAUCUUCUAGUAAUAGGUAGAUUUAGCAACGAAGUUGAAGCAGCAAGAGCUCAUGAUUUACUCUCCCUGAAGUACUGGGGAGAUGAAGCAAAAACAAAUUUCCCAAUAAGUAUGUAUGGGAAAGAAGUGAAAGCCAUAGCACACAUGACAGAACAAGAAGUACUAGCUUACAUUAGAAGGUCCAGUAGCAGAUUUGCAAGGGGCAGCUCCUUUUACCGUGGAGUUACAAAGCAAAGCAAAUAUGGACGAUGGUUAGCGGUCAAGGGCAAAAAGAAAGGACGAUUGAUCUUAGGAACUUUUGAUACCCAAGAGGAAGCAGCAAUGGCAUUUGACAUUGCAUCAAUAAAGCUGAAAGGUUUUGACGCCAUGACAAACUUCGACUUAAAACUGUAUGAUGUCAAGGGAAUUCUGGCAGGCAAUAAUGUGCAGGUUGAUUUAAAAAUAGCAAAGCUACUUAAGGAGGCAACCGCACUUGGGCCUUCAAAUAAUAAGGGAGGAAGCAGCUCGGAUGAACUCAGUGGAGGAGACAAGAAAGAGAGUCUUUUAAUAGAAGAAGAUGAGAUUGGCUCUCAAAUGGUCUCAGACUUGAGAGCUAUACAUGAUAACAGUCCCUUCAAGGAAAUGCUCCCCUUGAAGGCCUCAACGGCCUUGAAUGAACCCUCAACCUCAAACUUUCAUCUUGCAACUAAUGUUUUUCAAUGCAAACCUGCAAAUGCUGAUGAGUCCUGCAUCAUGCAGAAUGGGACAGUUGCAAGGCUGAGCUAUAGUUUACAGUUCCCCGAUACCGACUCCAUUGGAGAACAGAAGGCAAGGGCACAAGGCACCGGAUUUCGACAUUCAACCUCAAGUUGCUUUAAGCCCUACUCCAAAAGACAAAACUAG